AUGGCUAGUCAGAGUAGCGACGAGCUGUGUACAGUCACGCUGGGCCCAUCGGCUGACGCAGAGCCAGCAACGUGGGUCCCCUCUCGUGCGUCCCCGGAUCCAAAUGUGGACUCAAGGGAGAGUUCGGAGAAGCAGGGUGACCAAGCCGAGAGCCCAGAUCCUGGCUCCCAAGACAACCCACCACCACAGGGCCCAAACAACGGUGUGGCCAACGAGAGUAUUCUUGAGCUCUCCUUCCCAAGAAAGCUCUGGAGGAUGGUGGAGGAUCCCGCCUUCACCUCUGUGCGCUGGAAUGACGAGGGAGACACGGUGAUCAUCGAGCAAGACCUCUUCCGCAGGGAGGUUCUUCGCCGCAGAGGCGCAGACAGGAUUGUCAACAGGGACAGCUUGAAGACUUUCAUCCGCAAACUGAACCUGUACGGGUUCAGCAAAAUACGCAUGACCAGCCGCCCUCCAGGGAAGAAGAGGCUGAUGUGAUUCGUUUCAUUUCCGAUCUACCGCAACUCCAACUUUCAGAGAGACAAGUCUCUGCUCAUCGAGAACACUGAGAGAAAAGGCAACCUGGGAGCAACUGCUCAGCCCGGGACCAGAGCAACAGCCCUAAAGAGAAAGAAGCCAGUGGCUGCUACCAGAAGCUCCCCACGAAUCCAUUCCAACGACUCCACCACCCAGAAGAAAGCCCCACGUGCUCAGGGGCCCAGCGGUACCCAGUCUUCGCUGUUCUCUAGCAUGUGCUCUACGAGCGGUGGGGCGGGACGGGCCAGGGAAAACCAUCCCCCCAGUGAGCAGGGAGGCCCGAGUGGGGAGGGCACUCCCUGGAAUGUCACUUCUGUGCCCCCGGCUACCGCCGGAAGGGACGACGCCAGGGAGCUGCCCGCCAGCCCCACGGUUUACCCGGCUUAUGGCUCGGAGAUGCCUGUGGACAACGGCUGUUCCUCCCUCCUGCCGGCGGCCCUUUCUGCCUUGUCCCCGAACGAGGUCCCUGAGGUGGAUGAGGAGCAGGAGGGCUCCUCAGAUUGCAGGUGUGCUCUCCGAGAACAGUUCAAGGACAACUGCGAUCCCUGA